GUUAAAUUAUUUUCUUUUUCAUUUCAUUCACAUUCCUUCCUUCCUUCUCUUCCUUUUUUCCCUAGCAUUCUUUCUUCCUAUUCAUUUUAUUGUACCUCCGAUAUAUUAUCAUUAUUAUUCAUCCUACCUCUUCUCUUCUCUUCAUUUUGAAUCAGUUUCCAUCAUGUCAGAGUCCGUCACACCCACACCUACACUGCCAACCAAUACCUUGAUGGUCACCAACCUCGAGGCACCUCAUUUUGAGAAGGAGACCAUGCUCAAACUCAAAGCCAAAGUUGAGGAAUUUGGAGAGGUUUACUACUUUGCGCCGAUCAAAUCUUUCUAUCGAGUCUUUGUUGUCUACCACUCUACCUUUGAUGCUCAACGAGCUAAAGCUCUCCUCCACAAUACUACCUUUGAAGGCACGACCAUUCGGGUCUACUUUGGCCAGCAUACAGAGAUCUCUGCUGACCCUGCAAGCCGAUAUCUACAUCCACCAGAGCUCGAAAAGAACUGGCUCAUCUCACCUCCAGGAUCACCCCCUAUUGGAUGGACCCAAAUUCGGGAGGACCCACCUAAUGCUGUUCAUCUAGCGGAUGAUUUGGUGAAGGCAUUGCUCGACAUGGGUCAGCCAGUCUAUCAGCUUCCAAGACCUGAUGGGACUUUUGCAGAUCGAUCCCAUCUCUUCCUCGCACACGAUGAAAUUGAAGACCUCUCAUUGGGUGAGGCACAAAAGCCUCAAGAGUAUGAAGAGCACGAGCAGCAUGUUAACGCCACCAGUUCUGGAGUAGAAUCAAAAGGAGCAACAGAAGGAGCAACAGAAGGAGCAGGAGCAGGAGCAGGAUCAACGAAAACAGAAGCAGAAGCAGCAGUGCAGCAGCAACAAGGUGCAAAGAAGAGCCUUGAUGAGAGCGAAAAGGAAAUACAGGAAAGAUUGCAGCAUCAAAUUCGAGGUCUCAAGAUCGAUACCCAUAAACCUCCUGCGACUGCUACAUCCUCUACCCCAGCCUCUACUAACGCCCUUGGAGAUGUCGGCUCUCCAGCUUCGUCACUCUUCCCACCAGCAACACCUACAGUCUUGGCAUUCUCGCCUGCAAAAGAGUCUGCGGGUGAUCAGCCAUUUAUCACUGUGCAGGACUGGGGGGCUGAUCCAAACUAUGUACCCACACCCUUGAAGAGACGAGGCACUAUCCCAAAGACAGCUUUCCCAACUGGACCUAUUCGUAAUUCCACUCCAACAUCCCCAUCUCAUUAAUCCCAUUUAGAGAUAAAAGAAAAAGGAAGAGACCAAUCAUCGCAAUCGACGCUUACUUGCAUUUUAGUUUAGCUGCUUUUUUUUUUACUGUCCAAUAUAGAC